UCCAAGCAGCUUGGUACCUACGUGGUGAGUUAGUCGUGUCCAAAGGUAAUCAUCAGCGGAGGCUUCCACAGUCCCUGGCCCGAGCCGGACUGGAACCCGCGGUGGGGGUGAGAAGCGUGUGGGCCGGAGUGUCAGGCCCGUGUCAGCGUGAGCAUCAGAGAUCUGUGUCUAUGGGAGACCAGUGCUGCGUGUCGAAAAAAUGGAUGCUGAAGAGGAAAGAAGUUUUAAGCAUCUAAAAGUUAAAAUCCAGCUCUGGCUUCUCUGAACUCUGCUUCUCUAGUAGAGGAAACAUGAGGAGGAUUGGCAAUUCUAAAAACAUGGCCCAGGUACCACUGACAUUCAGUGAUGUUGCCAUAGACUUCUCUCAGGAGGAGUGGGAGUGCCUAAAUUCAGAUCAGAGGGAUUUGUACAGAGACGUGAUGUUGGAGAAUUACACUAACCUGGUCUCACUGGACUUUGAUUUCACAACUGAGACCAACAAAUUAUCUUCAGAAAAAAGCAAUUAUGAAGUAAAUUCAUACCAUUGGGAGACAACGAAAAGAAGUAAAACCUUGAACCUUAUGAGGUUUAUUUUCAGAAAUGACCCACAGGGCAGAAUUGAAUGUGGGAGACAACAGGAACAUAAAGUGGGAUAUUUUAGUCAAAUGAUAUUCAGAAAACAUAUAUCCCUUCCUCUACAUCAGAGAAUUCACACUGGAGAAAAAUAUGAAUGGCAGGACUGUAGGAAGGGCUUUAGAAAAUACUCACACCUUACUGAACAACUGAGGGACCACAGUGAUGUGAGACCCUAUGAAUGUAAAGAAUGUGGAAAGGCCUUUAUAGUUCUCCAGCAUUUUAUCAGACAUAAAAAAAUACACACCGAUUUGAAGCCCUAUGAAUGUAAUGGAUGUGAGAAGGCCUUUAGGUUUUAUUCACAGCUUAUUCAACAUCAGAUAAUUCAUAGUGGUAUGAAACCCUAUGGAUGUAUGCAGUGUGGGAAGGCCUUUAGACGCCAUUCUCACCUUGCUGAACAUCAGAAAAUUCAUAUUGGUUUGAAACCCUAUGAAUGUAAAGAAUGUGCAGAAACUUUUAGAUUGUACCGACAUAUGUGUCUACAUCAGAAAAUUCAUCAUGGUGUGAAACCCUACAUAUGUAAGGAAUGUGGGAAGGCCUUUGGUCAUCGUUCAAGUCUUUAUCAACAUAAGAAAACUCAUUCUGGUGAGAAACCAUAUAAAUGUAAGCAAUGUGGAAAGGCCUUUGUUCGCAGCUAUUUACUCAUUGAACAUCAGAGAAGUCAUACUGGUGAGAAGCCACAUGCAUGUAAGGACUGUGGAAAGGCCUUCAGCAGGGGCUCGAGCCUUCUUAAACAUAAGAGAAUUCAUAGUAGUGAGAAACUCUAUGAUUGUAAGGAAUGUGGAAAGGCCUUCUGUGGAGGCUCUCAACUUACACAACAUCAGAGAAUUCAUACUGGUGAGCAGCCACAUGAAUGCAAAGAAUGUGGAAAGACUUUUAAACUUCAUUCAUACCUUAUUCAACAUCAGAUAAUUCAUACUGAUUUGAAACCAUAUGAAUGUAAACAAUGUGGGAAAGCCUUCAGUCGUGUUGGAGACCUUAAAACACAUCAGUCAAUUCAUGCUGGGGAGAAACCCUAUGAAUGUAAGGAAUGUGGAAAAACCUUUAGACUUAAUUCUCAACUAAUUUAUCAUCAGACAAUUCAUACUGGUUUGAAACCAUAUAUAUGUAAAGAAUGUAAAAAGGCCUUUCGUUCUAUCUCCGGUCUUUCUCAACAUAAGAGAAUUCAUACAGGUGAAAAACCCUAUGAAUGUAAAGAAUGUGGGAAGGCCUUUAAUCGUAGCGAUCGACUUACUCAACAUCAGAGAAUUCAUACUGGUGUGAAACCACACAAAUGUGAGGAAUGUGGGAAGGCCUUUAGUCGUUGCUAUCAACUUACUCAACAUCUAAGAUUUCACAGUGGUGGGAAACUCCUUAUGUAAUUAGAGUCUGAAAGCCUGUCACCAUGGCACAUCCUUGAUCAUUAUCACUAUUCUACUGCCCAAUGGUGUUGUGGUAAAGAUUAAAUUAUUUAACAUAUAAACUCUUGGAAGGGUAUUUGGCACAUACUAUUUGCUCACUAAAUAUUAUAUUUAUGAUGAUCACUAGUAUUACUAUAAAUAAAUUCAUGUGGAAGGAAGACACUAUGAGCAUGGUAUUUUAAAAAUAUUUCUGUCAUCUCUUAGUCAUAUUUUAUUUCAGAUCAUUCAUUCUGGACAAAAUCUCAUAGAAUAUAUUAAACAAGAAGAUUUUUAUUCAAAGUUCAUCCCCCUGAGGAUCAAUAAUGGGGAAAAAAAACCUUGCCUUUGUUGAAUGUUGACUAUAGUUGUUGAAAAAUUGAAGAGUGGUUUGAAGAAAUUUUCUUACAAUAAAUUCUGUAAUACAGAUAAUGUACAAUCCAUAUCCCUUAUAAUUCAAAGAAAUUAGAAAUUAACAAUUGGGUAGCCAAAAGACAGAAGCUGACAUGGAGAACUUUUCUUCAAGUUUUUUAAAAUUUUCAAAUUUACAUAAAAGGUAAAACAAUGAAAAAUUGUUUGCCCUCCACCUAGAUUCAGUGUAUCUGAUAUAGAGCUCUCUCUCUCCAUGUAUGAAAAUGUAUAUAUACAGAUGCACAUAUAUUAUACUCAUUACAUAUUGAAUAUAUAAUAAUAUGUAAAUGAUAUAUAUGUUACAUAUCAUUUUGCUGUGCUUUGUGAGUGAAUGUUUUAGGUAUCACUUCACCUCUAAGAAAUCAACAUACAAUUCCUAGAUUUAAAGAUAAUCUACAUGACCACUAUACCAUUGUCACCUAAAAAAAACAUUAACAGUAACCUUAUAGUGUCCUUUAAUAUUCAGUCCAUCUACAAAUUUUUCCAAUUGUUUAAAGAAUGUCUUUUUAAAAGUACUGUCUUUUUUAAAACCUGAGAACCAAACUAAGCUCAUAUCUUUCAUAUGAUUAUGGCUUAUUGAGUCUAUUUUGGUCACCUUUUUUGUGACUUAGACAUUCUGAAGACUCAAGAGAAGUAAUCUAUAUAAUGUUGUAUAUAUUCUGUAUUUGUCGUAUUGCGUCUCAAGAUAAGCUUAACUUAUUUCUCUAUCAUUUGUAUUGUGAACUAGAGGUUAUGUCUAGAAACUUGAUUAGGUUUCAGAUGUAACAUUUUUGGCAAGGCUACUUCAUAGAUAAUAUUAUGUACUUAAUAUUGUAAAAUAUCAGGUGAUGUACUAAUGAAAUUAUGUUUGAUCUCUUGUUCACCAGCUCUCUAUAUUGUAUCAGUACAUUUUUUCUUUUCAAUUAAUAAGUAACCCAUGGAAAAUCACAUUGGCACUCAACUUUGAAAUUUUAAAGUCUUAUGUAUUUUAAAGAAACUAAGACCAAAAAACCCCAUCUUUUAUAUAUACCCAUAUAUUUACC